AUGCACUUCUCCACGCUUACCACCGCACUGGCACUCGCCAGCAAUGCCGUCGCUAUCCCCUCCUUCGGUCUCCACCCCCGCCAAGCGGCAACUCUUAAUGCCGCUAUGAAGGCCCGUGGGCGAGAGUACAUUGGUACCUCGCUGACGAUCCGUAACGAUAACCAGGAACAGAACAUCAUAAAGUCUGAGUUUGGUUCCGUCACCCCCGAGAACUCUAUGAAAUGGGACGCGACGGAGCCAAACCAGAAUCAGUUCAACUAUGGUGGUGGAGACCAAGUUGCCAACUGGGCCACGCAGAACGGCAAGGAGCUCCGAUGCCACACUUUGGUCUGGCACAGUCAGUUGCCUGGUUGGGUCAACAACAUUAACAACAAUGCGACGUUGAUUAAUGUCAUGGAGAACCACAUCAAGAAUCUCAUGAAUCGAUGGAAGGGAAAAUGCACCCACUGGGAUGUUGUUAAUGAGGCGCUCGAGGAGAAUGGCUCGCGUAGAAAUAGCGUCUUUCAACGCGUGAUCGGAGACGCAUUUAUCCCUAUUGCCUUCCGCUUUGCUGCGCAAUACGACCCCAACGCUAAGCUCUACUACAACGACUACAACCUUGAAUACGGUACAGCUAAACACAAGGGCGCCAUCGCCAUUGUCAAGCUCAUCCAGCAAUACGGCAUCAAGAUUGACGGCGUUGGUCUCCAAGGCCAUCUUACUUCUGAAUCCACCAACACCCAGCAAACUCCCACCCCGAGCGUCGCUACCCUUACCCAGGUUCUCAAAGACUACACCGACUUGAACGUAGACGUUGCCUAUACUGAGAUUGACAUCCGUUCUAACAACCCAGACAACUCCCAGAAGCAGCAGGCCACCGCUUUGGCUUGGGCUCGCGUUGCACAGAGUUGCAUCAAUGUCGCCCGCUGUGUUGGUAUCACCAUCUGGGGUGUCAAGGAUGGCUACUCCUGGGUUCCGGGUACAUUCAACGGCGAAGGAUCGGCUCUGUUGUGGAAUGACAACUGGCAGAAGAAGCCUGCGUAUACAGCUUUCAUUGAUGUGCUGAACGGCAAGAACACAACCCAAACUCGAUAGGCACCUGUCGACUCCGGGAUGCAUCUUAAUGUUUAUAAGGCGAUUAAG